GCAAAGGGUUAAAGCUCUUAUAAGAAAAGACUCUGAGCUUGAUUGUGCUUUUCAAUUAAAAGGUUUUAUUAUUUCAUAAAGAAAUUCAGUCAUUCAAUUAGUGAACUUUCAUCAUGUCUUUUGACAAAUUACCUGAAAAUUGUCUUUGGAAGAUCUUUGACAAUUUCGAUGAAUUAGAAGAGUUGAUCCAAUUGUCUAAAGUUUGUUCAAAGUGGUCCAAUUUAAUUUCCAUUAGAUUCUCAAAAGUUAAAUAUCUGCUCCACAGUGAUGUUGUUCAUUUUGAUUAUUCCAAAAUAUGGAUAGAGAAAGAGCUAACAUUCAAAUAUAAUCUACGGAAACUGUUGCCAAAUCUCAGGAUUUUAAAUGUCUCUUGUGGUGUUCCAUAUACAUCAAUGAAUUUUAAUGUAUCCCCGCCCGAAGUCCGAGACCACUUUAAAUUCCCACCUGAAUAUUUCCAGGAUGUGGUCAACAAUAAUCCAAAGAUAAAGGGAGUGCUUGGGAUACGCGCUGGUCUCAAUUUGGAUCUAGAAAAUAUCGAGAUGGUCGAAAUGGAUUAUAUGUUGGAUUGUAAAAGAAUCUUUCGACCUGAUCAAUUGAGACAAAUUCGCUUUAAACGCGACUUCUUCUUUGAAUCUCUGCCUAAAUACAUUGAAUAUUUUCCGAAUUUGAAGCGACUCAACAUAACGUUCAAUGGGAAAGAAGUUCUUUAUAAUGGUCCCAAUCUAUGCAAUCUAAAGGUUCUUGAAUUUGCUUCAGACCGAUGGAAUUUAAGUGUUUACGGAUUUUAUUUGAUGAACUUUUGUCCAUCUCUAGAAAGCGCUUUUAUGAGCUGUUCGGAUGGUCUCUAUAGCAUAUCACCAUCUGAACAAAAUGUUAAUCGCUAUACUGAUAUCUCUCUAAAGAACUACAACCUAAGAGAUUUGGUGAUUAAAAAACAUUACGUAGGGAGUGAAUUCGUGACAAAUUACAUAACAUGGCCAUACUUACGAAGACUGUUGUCCAAAUAUCCAAAUAUACAAAAUCUUGCUAUUAGAGGAGGUGACACUAUUGAGGAUAAUCUUGUUGAAGAAUUGGUGAAAUUAUUACCAAUGGUAAAACUGUUGGACUUCAGAAGAUCCAAAGGAGUGACUUCAAAAUCAGCUGAUUUCUUAUCUAAAUUUUGCCUUGAAUCUAAUAGAUCAGUCAAAAUCUAUUAUGAUUGUGAAGAAGAACCAACUGAUUGGCCUAAAUUAAGCACUUCUGGUGAUUCAAUUGUCUAUGGAUUCGACUUCAUGAAGCAUUGUUUUUAUAAAUCUUUUCAUUCUCUUCCGUGCUUAAUUGAUGAAUAAAUUACGAAAAUUUCGAAUCUCGUUAA